AUGUUAACAUUAUUCGAGAAUGAGUCCGGUCGCGAGAGAGACAACGUUAACUUGUCACAUUCUAACGAUCCAUAAAUUUUACACAACUCGAACAUGGAGAUAAUGGUCGAUAUAUUUGGAUGUCCGAUAGCUGAACAAGUUGAAAUAUAUCCGUGAUUAGUUGUGACAAAAAGACAAUCGUUGACCGAGACUCGGCGCGAAGUAUGCGGUGAGCGUGAUCCGUGUAAUCAAUAGUUUAUCAAAGAGCAAUCAGAUCGCAAGGAAGAUUCUUAGAUAAGGUGAAAAAGCACGACUUCCUUAAGGGAGAUGGAUUAGCCAAAAGUAUUGCCAAAGUGUGGAGUGCAUUAUAAUGCAAUUGACUCUUUUGCCCCCCCCCCCCUCUUAAUUCGGCAUUACAUCUUCGGCGGAGAGUCACGAAUGAAUUCGUUGCCAUUCCAUUGGAUCGCGGCGCGGGAAGCAUAGUUCGCGUUAGGUGAUCUUGAGUGGUGCGAUCGGUGAUCGAUCGGUGGUUGAUCGAGUGCAUUGGAGAUCGAAUCGUUCCGAAAAAUCAACAAGUCUAGAUUAUUUUGCUAUCUGAUACGAUGUGGUUCAGAUCGCUCGUGUUUUUCAUCGUCAUCGCUUCGUACGUCUCGGCGACAAUGAUUGACUUGUCAUUCAAGAAACUGAAGAAGGAAGAUUUUUUCGUGAGAAUGCAGACCCAAAUCAGUCUGCAAAAAGUGACAGAUCUUAAUCUGAGAGGGAACGAAUUCGACAGUUUUCUGGAUUGUUCUACCAAUCUGGAGACUUUACGAACGCUGGACUUAUCGCAAAACCAUCUUCAGCGAUUUUUCUUCCUGUGUAAGGACGAGUACAAUUUGCAAAUGUUAAACGUGAGCCACAACAAGCUGGAGUACAUCGAUGACAAUGCUCUCAACGAUCGGAUACCAAAACUGAAAAUAUUAGAUCUUUCAUUCAAUAAGCUCACUAUUGUUAACGAGACUAUGCUGCAACAUCUAACGAUUCUCGAGUAUCUAUCUCUAUCUCACAAUCCGAUAGGGGAUGGAAUACACGAAAAUGCAUUUUGGACUUUAAAGGCGCUGAGACACCUCGAUUUGAAAAAUAUAUCCGCGCCGUACUUCUCGCCGGAAUUCUUCAAAACCUUGCAGAACUUGUCGGUCUUGGACCUGUCCUGGAACCCGAUCAGCGCGAUACCGCUGUUACCGAUAAGUUUACAGGAGCUGGAUUUAUCCGGCACACAAGUGAUAAAUCUGGAAAAUUUGUAUCUGCCGCAGUUGCGAGAGUUGAGGCUGAACCACAUGCCAAAUUUGACGUCGCUGACGCUGAACGAUCUCGAGAACCUGACGAAUCUGGAAGUAUUAUCGAUGAUCGGAUGCAAACGACUGAUUCAGCUCAGUUUUAACUUGCAGAAUAACGUCGUACUACCGCGGCUGCAACGUUUCUCGAUAAAAGACUCCGGUCUCGAGACUUUGGGUACGGAGCUGCAUUCAUUGUUGCAACGAACGCCUGUCGUCGAGGUGGCAAACAAUCCCUGGAAUUGCGAUUGCAAGUUGCAAUGGAUCGGCCAUUUGAGAAUUCUUCGAGACAUCAGAUGCCACACGCCAGAUCGGCAUCGUGCCAAGCUCCUGGCUGAAAUACCAAGUUACGAACUACAAUGCGAAUACGACUCGCCGAUCAUCUAUCCGAUUCUGUGGACAGGCCUCUCGAUAUUGAUCGUUGCCCUGAUCGUCGCAACAGUCUUGGUUCUCCUCAAACGGCCAAUAAGCCAAUGGAGCUUCAAGAGAAGGAACGGGGACACCGUCACGUACAAAAACGUCGUGGAGUCGAACAAUGAUCUGGUCCGAAUACUGGCAGUGUCCGAGACACACGAACGCAACGAAGAAUGAAGCCAAAUUGAAAGUGGAAAGAGAAAGAAGGAGCGGACGAAAAACGAUUACUUUACUAAUAAUGUAAUAGUAAUGUAGUGUAAUUGCGAUACGACCAUACGAGGAAAUCAUGUUAAAAAA